CUCCAAACCCAACCCACACUCACUACUCUACCCUUCCAUUCAUUCGUGACAAUCCCAACUGUUGGCUUUACGCUAUGCAAGAUUGCCCUCUGGAUCAUCCGUCCCCUGAUAUAGGUGAUUUUUCGGAUUCUACCUCUGUCGAUACCGUCCUUGAAGAUGCUGACAGUGAAGCAACCAUCCAGCAAGGGCCAAGCUCCGUUGUUCGUGUUCCCGUUCCUUCAACUGGGAACUCUUUCUGUCCCAUGCCCUCCGUCUUCAGGGAUGUGGCCCAGAAAUUCCUUCAGAGGCUCGGGACAAAGGAACCCGUUUUUGUUGCACUGUUCCCCUCCCCGAUGACCGAUUUCGAUUGGUCUCAACUCCAGGUUGUCGAAGGGCUCCCUAGUUUCUGUCGAUUGUUCGUUUCGAGAAAGCGAUGCCCAUUCCUCAAGCGUCGCACGAAUCAGGCUCAGCACACAAGCCCCAAUUGUUUCCUCUCCGUUUCGUAUGGGAUGAUCAAGCUUGACUGUACCGACCCCUCCUGUCAUGCACUUGCCGAACAAAGUGCCUCGUCCUUUCGUUGGGCCCCUCGCUCCGCAUACUACCUUCCCAAGUAUUGGUGUGCCCUUGCCGAGUCACUCAAGGAACAGUUUGGACUUUGUGCCGAGAUUGACGACCAACGCAAGGGGGAAUUGACUCUGCAAAGCCGUUCCCUCCGACACCAAAUCCCUGGUCCAAUCGGAGGCAACGAAGCGGUCCCUUCGAUCCUGCAGGAUAUUCCAAACGUCCAAUGGAGCAGCAUGAAGGCCUGUUUGAGCGACGAGAAAAACGUCAAACUCUCUCGUGCCCUACGAUCGGUUCCUUUCAUGAUCAAGCCCAUCGAUCUAUUGUCGAUGGAGUUCUUGGCUUCGGGAAAGCUCAUUGUUCGCAGCAAGGGAUGCACGAUUUGCGAAGAUCCGGGUCUUGACGACAUCGUCUCCACCCAUACAUUGGUGUACUUGAAAACCAAAUCGACGUACACCGUUCAAUCGGAUCACUGUCCAGUCACCUCCGGGACCCUGAACUCCGAAUCAGCCAGCUCACUGGCCUUGUGGCAUCGCAAGCUGUCCGAGUCGACUGUCGAUCUGGACCACCAAAUGGAAGCCAUGAAGCUUGAUGUCCAGCAUAUUCUCAACAAUGUCUACAGCGGCUCGGAGAUCCUCGAGUUUCGACCCCAAUCGGAUCACAUGGGUUUUAGCGUUGUCCUGCAGAGUGACUGCGUUUUCUGUCAAAGCUCCAGUGUUGCUUUGCAUGGAUCUAUCACCGCGGAUGGAUUCCGAUUCAAAUGCUCUCACUGCAACUGCGAAGAUCCGAGUGGCAUGCGGCGUUAUCCAAUCGACCGCUUCCUCAAGAUCCAACCAUCGAGAAGCUUCAGCCAGUUCAUUGGACAAGUGAACUUCCAAUAUGUUCAUAACCAAUAUUCUGGCGUUCCUGAAAACGACAAGGUCAAAAGCACGGCCCACCUCGCAGACCCCACUCCGUACCUUUCGGAUAUCGGCCCUGAUGCCGCGCGGCUCUUCAAAGAGUACCUGACCAACUCAACGGGCGACGCAGAGCUGCUGGAUUUUAUUGUCUUUGUGUUCGGCGAAACUUGGAUCCACGAUCGCGAGCGCCCUGGCAAUUGGUACCACUUCAACGGGGUCGUCUGGGAAUGGUCCACUGGGAACAGUGAACUCAACAACACCAUUCUCGACUACCUCAAACAAGUGUUCAAGAGGGCCCUGGAUUGGUACUCCAACCAAGAAGGACGUGACCUCCCCCACGCCACUGCCACCGUCAGCCACCUCGAACGCAUGAAGCAGAAAAUGUCUCUCGGUCAAGUAUAA